AUGACUUCGAAGUUCAUCGUGCUACAGGUGUUCAUCAACCAAGGAUACCGUAGCGUCUGUCACUACCAUGCCGAAAUCGACCACAGCAUCGCCAAGAACGACGACAGCCGAAAGAAGUCCACCGGCGUCUACAAGCCCGUGGGGGAGAGUUGUGCCCCUGAAGAGCUUCGCCGGCUGAUCCCAAAAAAGAAGCCUUCGUCGAUCGAGGUGUUGGAGGGUGCUGUAGAGUGGCCAGAGAAAGGUCCUACCCAAACCUCCAACGGGUUGACCAUGGACGAUCUCCUAAAGUUCUACAGGAAGGUCGACGGUUGGUAUUUCCUCACCUGUGGAUGCCUAUUAGACGACGUCCUCCUCGACUUUUAUAUCUGGAAGGCUCAGCAGUACAUCCCCUCAAUGUACGGACACGAGACGCCAUUCGGAACCCCCAUGGAACCUCGAGUUCGCACCUGGCUUUUCGCUUUCCUCAAAUCGGAGAUGGAUAUUUGCGUCGACAACCUUUACGCGUACGACGAGGAUGGUGUCUAUCGGUCGUGGGAGCGAAGAUCGGUAAUCCAGAUCAAGAACAUCUGGCACAGCCUCGAGCGAAAGGCUGCUCGGUCGAUGGUCUUGGACGUGUUGAACCUGAAAGAGAAAGGGGCGGACUUGGAGCCAUGGGAGUGGUCUGAUAAGGAUCGGAAAUCUGAGCAGGAGGCGAGGAAGGCGUUGCAACGCGAGUGGGAGAAGGCGUCAAAAGAGGAGAGGGAGAGGGAGGAGCAAAGGCGGAAAGAGUUGGAAGAAGAAGACGCGUGGAUGGACGGUGGAAAGGAGGAGGACGGGGAGCGGAAGAAGAGAAAGAAGAAGAAGAAGAAAAGCCGUGAGGAGGAUGAGGGCGAGGGUAAGGAGAAAAAGAAGAAGAAGAAGAAGCGCAAGGCCUCUCGCUCGCCUUCUCCCAGCGACCCUUCGGGCUCAAGGCCAAAGAAGCGUAAAUCCGACUAA